AUGCAAAACGGAGAAGAGAUUCCUAGAUCUGAAACUGAUAAGUUUAAUAGUGGCGUGCUCUGUAGAAUUUAUGAUGAUGAAGAAGAUGAUCAUGAAACCAACCAUGGAACAGACAUCUCGACAGCUCGUAGAAGAAAGAAGAAUAACCUAAAUGGAACAGGAAGCUGUCUUCGGGAUCAAGAGAAACAAGACAGGGUCCUAGCAACACGAGUUUCGGAAAAAUGGAAAAAACGGGAAGGGGUUUCGAAAAGCAAGAACCUUAUGCCCGACCUUAUGGAAACUUCAGAAACAGAAUCGGCGAAGGGUAGCGCAAGUGGGAGUAUGGAGAGUGAAACUGCUGAUCUACCUGGUACAGAUGUAAUUAUUCCACCUCCAGGUGGCACUGAUCCUUCAUUUCCCAGUAAUUCCGAUGGCUUCUUAAGGCGACUUGGUCUACACAAAGAUAGUCUUAUAAGCAAUGAUUCUCUUACAGAACAGGAAAUUGAGUGCAAAUUUGGAAGUUUGGCAUUAGCUUUUAAAACAGACAAGUUGACUCUGAGCAAAAGGCUAGACCUACAGCAGCGACAGAGAGACACAGCUGAGAAGAAUGUAGAAAGUGAAAUCAAAGCACUGAAAGAAUCUUUAAAUACUCUAAAUCAUCAAAGUAUUAGUCAGCAAGUGAGAGAAUUGAUUACAAAGAUUCAACAACAAGUAGACGUUCUACAGCAGUCUACCUCCAGAGUAUCUAGCCGAGCUGAAGUCUACGGUGCUGUACAGCAGGAAGAGAAAAUGAGUCGAGCAUUCGAUGUUAUGGUCAUGUACGUAGAAAACGUAAAGCGACUUUAUGAAAAAGAGCACAACGAGCUGGAAGAGGUUCGACGCUUGAUGACAGAAAAUCGUACCACUGGAGAAGAGAGCAAAGUACAACGACCAAUCCGUUCCUCGACUGUGGCUGGUGUCCCGAAGCCUGUAUGAAUAUAUAUCUUACAAAAACAGAAGAGCGGUAAACUUAAACGUUGUUUAGAAAGUUUGAACAUGAUUUUUGUAACUGCUGGAUGUCACGUGACCAUAUUCUCAAGACGUGAACUUUCAAACUACUGAUAUUUCAUUUACCCCUUAUCUAACAAAUAAAAGAUAAAGUUAUUGCACUUAGCUCUACCAUUGUGCAAAUUAGCGUACUGUAGUACAUAGUGGAAAUAUACAGGGUUUGAAUACACUACCUUAAAACGGUUUUGGAAUCUCACCACAUCGUUAUAAUCCAUGUCGCCACGCUGCAUCUGACGACUGUGCAUCUUAACAAUAUUCCAGAAGAAUAGUUUCCAGUACAAAAUGUUCUUUUGUAAUGUUAUCAUGUUGUAUCACACCCCUCCUCGCUGCAUGCUUUUCAUAAUCUGUCUAAUGUACGAAGAUGAAAGUUUCCCGACAACCAUUUUAAAAGAAUGAUCACAUAGAAAUCCAUAGGUGCUGCUUUUGGUGACUUGACUGGUACUUCUUCUUCAUUAAUACCCAUUUCAUUUUCCAACUGCUCGAGGUAUGCAACGUUUGAACAAAUAAGGAGUGGAAACAGCUUGUGUACACAUGACAUGUCGCUUUUCCAGACGGACACCCUUCGUGAUUGCGUUCCAUACUGCUGUCUCAAACACGUGGACCGCUUUUGCCACUGUCCUUUAUGGUCGUGAAUUCUCAUCAAUUACUAAACGCCAAAUUUUGUUUACCACCGCUUGGGUACGACUUCUUGCAGGUUUCUUUUUGGAUGGUUUUAGUGUUUCAAGUUGAUCCACAUUUUUGUUUUCUAAUGUCAUUAGUUAAAAGGGACAUUUCGGUCUAGGAUUUUAUAAAUCCCCGAUCUGAACACGUCUUGAUGAUCUAAGUGUAGAAAUAUUUUACGUCGGAACUUCUCAAAGUGUCCAGUUUUCGGUGGCAUUACACUACCUACGUUACACCAAAAAUGUGUGAUACACGACAUUCUCUCGCCAUUUCACGUCGACUGUGCAUAUUUAAAAUCGCUUUAACAUAACGUACUCAACCCUCUGUAUGCUAACCACAAGUGCUUGUUUCUAACAGAAACUUUCUACGAUUAUUCUAACGUAACUCAAAGCUCUGGAAGGUUUUGUUUUUCAAACUAUAGCUUUUUGUUUACUUUUAAUUUCAUUCUGAUAUCACAAAUAGUACAGUAUUAAUUUUAAAAUUACCGAAAAUGUAAUUACUUCUAAAAGUUUGUAACUGUAGAAUGUUCGUUUGGUUUCAAAUGUUAAUUGUUUUAGCCAUGUUGAAAUCAAAUUGCAUUAAAACUAGGUAUACCGGGUGGUCAAAACUUAUUUUUCCUAUUUUAAAAUUUAAUAAUUAGAUAACUAAGAAAAGCAACCAUGUAGUUUUCAACAUCUCGUCGACCAACUCAAGCAGUUUUCAUUGUCAUGUUUUGUUUUGUUUUCACUCCACUGAGUAGUGUUACCCCGUAAAAUGUCACCCUGCAAGUAAAGGCUGAAUGCAUCGUUUGGUCAGUGACUGAGGUCCAGCAUAAUUAAAGACAUCAGUGUAGGAAAGAAGUAUGGGGGUAUAUUAUGAGCUGAAAUCAAAUAUCGGUUAGACAUGCUGAGAGCCACUAAUGGUGCACACGUAUAAAUCUUCUGAUAUGUAAAUAAAAACUUUUUGAGUUAAGCUACAAU